UCAGAAUCCGCCGAAGAAAAUCAAUCUUCCCGUCGAACACGAUCAUCUCUCCGCCGGAGAAAGAAGUCGAUCACCAUCGCUUUAGGUCUCACGAUCGACAGGUCCAUUUCUUCAAUUGCGAUUGAAUUGAAGAAUCAAAUCAACAAAUGUCUGGCUCGCUGCUCCAAGGAAUCCCAGAAGCAGUCGCUCUCCGAUGCCUCGCUUACGUCCCCUUACACCACCACCCCAACCUAGAACUCGUCUCCCGCUCCUGGCGCGCGGCGAUACGCAGCCGCGAGCUCUUCCGCGUCCGCAACGAACUCAAAUCGUCGGAGAAUCUCCUCUGCGUUUGUUCCUUCGACCCCGAGAACACGUGGCAAGUCUACAGUCCCACCUGCGAUCGCUGGCUCACUCUCCCUCUCCUCCCGUCCCCGAUCCGCCACCUCGCUCACUUCGGAGCCGUUACAACCUCCGGAAAACUCUUCGUCCUAGGCGGAGGCAGCGACGCCGUGGAUCCCUUAACCGGCGACCACGACGGCACCUUCGCGACCGACGAGGUCUGGUGCUACGACUUCGUUGAGAGGAAAUGGGAUCAGCGAGCGUCGAUGCUUGUGCCUCGGUCUAUGUUCGCUUGCUGCGUUCUCGACGGGAAGAUCGUCGUCGCUGGAGGAUUCACGACUUGCCGGAAGUCGGUUUCUGGUGCGGAGAUGUAUGAUCUGGAGAGUGAUGCGUGGAGUACCAUCCCUCAUCUUAACCGGACUCAUAACUCUCCUUGUUCGGGUUUGGUGAUCAGAGGGAGAGUUCACGUUUUACACAAAGGGUUAACGACGGUGCAGGUUCUCGAGAGCGUUAAGUUGGGGUGGGAGGUGAAGGAGUACGGUUGGCCUCAGGGUUCGAUGGCUGUUGUUGAGGGUGUUGUAUAUGUGUUGAGUCAUGGAGUGGUGUAUAAGCAAGAAGAGGAUGAGACGUCGUGGAAGAUGGUUGCCUCGGCGUCGGAGUUUAAGUUGAGGAUUGGGAUGGCGAUGACGAGUUUGAGUGGUGAGGUUUUGCUAGUUGGAGGAGUGAUUGGACCUGAUAGGCAUUGGGAUAUUAAGCCCUUGUCGGAUGUUGAUGUUUUGACUGUGGGGUGUGAUCGUCCCGUGUGGAGGAAGGUGGCUCCGAUGACUAAGUGUUGUGGAACGGUUCUUGGUUGUACGCAGUUGAUAAUCUGAUGGGGGUGUGAUGUAAUACGACAGUUUUUUUUUUUUCUGUUUUUUUUCUUGGUUUUGUAAUGUCCUUUUAUGUCUUUGUUCGUCUUACUGUUUGUUUUUGAUU